UUGUUUGUGGGAGGCUGAUUGGAGGGCUUGCUCUUUCAUAAGCGGCAUCUUCUCCGCAAAGCUGCGGUGGUCGGAGUCAUGCCGUCCGAGGGUCGCUGCUGGGAGACCUUGCAGGCGCUGCGCAGUUCCAAGAAAGGUCGCCUCUGCUACCACCGCGACUGGCUACUGCAGGGCGAGAAUGUUUUAGAGGAGUAUACAUCGGUCCCCAAGCUGUCUCCUUACGCCGGAUGGGUGGUGGAUCAUGUCCUGCCCCACACACAAGAGAGCCUGGCUCCCUCUGAGACUUCGCCCUCCCCCGCAUCCACGGCAGGCCUGGGCCAGCCGUCACUUGCCCCCACAUCUCCCGUCGGAAGCCUCGUCUUCUCCCCAGCCUCCCCGGGAGCACCAGCAACACCAGAUGGAACCAAGGACAGGGAUGAGCCCCAGCACACAGAGGAGCCCGUGGCGCUGCCGCCCUCCAGGGCCGCCCGCGUGGAGGGCUGCAUCCGGAUGUAUGAGCUGGUGCACAGGAUGAAGGGCAUGGAGGGCCUGAGACAGUGGCAGGAGGAGCAGGAGAGGAGGGUGCGAGCGCUGUCUGAGAUGGCGUCCGAGCAGCUGAAGCGCUUUGAUGAACGGAAGGAGCUGAAGCAUCACAAGGAGUUCCAGGACUUGCGGGAAAUGAUGGAGAAGAGCUCCCGGGAGGCCCUGGGCCAGCAGGAGAAGCUAAAAGCCGAGCAUCGUCACCGAGCAAAGAUCCUCAACCUGAAGCUGCGGGAGGCGGAGCAGCAGCGCCAGAGGCAGGUGGAGCAGGAGCGGCUCCGGAGGGAGGAAGGCCAGGGCCGCCUGCGGAGCCUGUACGCCCUGCAGGAGGAGCUGCUGCACCUCAACCAGCAGCUGGACUCCGGGGACCAGCGCAGGGACCCGCCGAAGGUGGACCUGUCGGCCUUCCGGACGCGAGGCAACCAGCUGUGCGGCCUCAUCUCCGGCAUCAUUCGGGCCACUUCUGAGGACGGCUUUCCCACGGCAGAGGACCAGGCGGUGGCCGAGAGAGCGCUGCAGGAGAUGCGGGAGCUCUGCGCGAGCGCCCGGGCCCGUGAAGACCAGCGGCGGCGGGAGGAGGAGGCGGCGGCCCAGGUGAAGCAGCAGGAGUCACAGAUGCAGCAGGGCCCGGAGGUCCGCAAGGAGCCCCCCGCGCCCAGCCAGGGCCCGGGAGGGAAGCAGGGCGAGGACCUGCAGGUGAAGGCCCAGGACAGCACGAUGCAGUGGUGCCGGCAGCUGCAGGAGGUCUCCAGUCAGUGCGUGCGGGCCUUCGAGGGACUGGCCAACAGCAAAGACAGCCAGGUCAAGAAGAUCAAGAUGGACCUCCAGAAGGCGGCCACCAUCCCCGUGAGCCAGAUCUCCACGCUCGCAGGCUCGAAGCUGAAGGAGAUCUUUGACAAGAUCCACAGCCUGCUCUCCAGGAAACCCGUCCAGUGUGGUGGGCGCUCUGUGUCGGUCUCCAUGGACCCUCAGGGCCUGGACUUUGUCCAGUACAAACUGGCAGAGAAGUUUGUGAAACAAGGGGAGGAGGAAGUGGCUUCCCAUCAUGAGGCGGCGUUCCCCAUCGCGGUCGUGGCGUCUGGCAUCUGGGAGCUGCACCCGAGAGUGGGGGACCUCAUUCUCGCUUACCUGCACAGGAACUGCCCGUACUCUGUUCCUUUCUACCCCGCCUUCAAGGAGGGAAUGGCCUUGGAAGACUACCAGAGGAUGCUGGGCUACCAAGUGAAGGGUUCCAAGGUGGAGCAGCAGGACAACUUCCUAAAGCGCAUGUCCGGGAUGAUCCGUUUCUACGCCGCCGUCAUCCAGCUCCAGUGGCCGUACGGGGCCCGGCAGCAGGCUCACCCUCACGGCCUCAACCACGGCUGGCGCUGGUUGGCACAGAUACUGAACAUGGAGCCCUUGUCAGACGUGACGGCCACCCUCCUCUUCGACUUCUUGGAGGUGUGCGGGAAUGCCCUCAUGAAGCAGUACCAGGCCCAGUUCUGGAAGGUGAUGCUGCUCAUCCAAGAGGACUACUUCCCCAGGAUUGAAGCCAUCACAAGCUCAGGACAGAUGGGUUCCUUCAUACGCCUCAAGCAGUUCCUAGAGAAGUGUCUGCAGCGCAAGGAGAUUCCCGUACCCAAGGGCUUCCUGACUGCCUCCUUCUGGCGUACCUGAAGUCGCUCCGUCACCCACUGUCGCCAUUUCGUUGCUGAGGGGAAAUAAUAAAGCAACUGAACAUAGCUGUCUUUGGGAGAGCCGUGUCAGACUUAGACAUCUGCCAAUGUGUGUUGUCCCGUAUCCUUGUCUUGUGUCUAGGAAAGGAGGUUUUCACGGCGCACAAAGUCAGGGAGGUCUGAUGACCCCUUAAGGGGGACCCACAGGGCAGAGUGCCUGGAUUUGGCCUGUCUCGCUUUUGUUUAUUAUUAUUAUUUUUUUAUUUUUAAAGAUUUUAUUUAUUUAUUUUUAGAGAGAGGAGAAGGGAGGGAGAAAUAGAGGGAGAGAAACAUCAGCAUGUGGUUGCCUCUCAUGCACCCCCCACUGGGACCUGGCCCGCAACCCAGGCAUGUGCCCUGACUGGGAAUCGAACUGGUGACCCUCUUCUGGUGUGCAGGCCGGCACUCAAUCCAUUGAGCCACGCCAGCUGGGGCAAGGCCUGUCCUGGUUUGGCAAAAAUUACGAGAAGAGGUGUUUAGCCUUUUAUCCCAUUUUUUAUUUCCUUUGUCUUUAGUAUCUUUCAGAAAUAAGCUAAUACCUUAAGUAUUAUCACUGUCAGCUGAAGUGAGCCCACCCCUUUAAAGGGUCAUGAAGUGGUUGCCCGAAUCCUUACCUGCAAGUCUGGGUUAUGGUGGCUUUGCCUUCUCAGCUUGGGAAGUAACUAGAAAUUCAGAGGAAAUGCCUGAUGUAAACACACGGACUUAGCCCUGGAUGGCAUCAGGGUGGCCUAGUGUCCGGGGUCAGGGCUCAGCACGCGUCACAUCGAACCAAGACGCACCGUCUGCCCUCGUAACUGGAAUUCGGUGCCCGACGGCUAGGGACUCCUGGACAGGGCGGGUGCCUUUUUUGGUUUGUUUUUCAGUUUGAAUUAAGAUGGGCCGAGACAGGGCUGGCCACAACACAUGUGAGCUGAGCAUCCACAAGCAAUGAGUUAGGGGUUCAAUGAAGGUGCUCGGGAGGGGUUGAGAACUGAUAUUAUAUAUACAUAAAAUAUAUAUAGUGUAUAUGCUAUAAUAUAUGAUAUAUGUAUAUCAUAUAUAUGGUAUAUGUAUAUAUAUAUAUAAAUCUUUCUACUUGUUCUGUCUAAUGAACAAUGACAGAUUUGCCUGACCAAACCAGUACAGAAGUCCAAAGCCGGGCGCUCCGCGAGGAGCGGAGACCUGUGUCUGGGCAGACUCCCCGUCUCUGGGCAGCGGGCAGGGGCAGGGGCAGCCGCCCGGGGCCUCUUCCUCCUGACCGUCGUGUGUGGGGAGGUGGGGGGUUUGAGGGAGAGGGGCAUUCCCUGGUACUGUUGAAGUGACUUGUUCUCUACUAUUUACUGUGGUGCCAAAAAAUAAGUAAUAAAGCUUGAAUUUUAAAAAUCCA